AGUAAAUAGGAUAUUAUAUCCCUUUCAUAAAGAACAAGAUGGCUUCGAGGAUAAGGUCGUUGUCAAAGUUAAAUGUUUCACAACCCUGUAGAAGAUUUUUAUCGUCUCCAUCAAUUUUACUAAAUGAAGAAAUACUUGCUAGUAAUUCUAAUAUCGAAGCUAAAGUAUUAACUACUUUGAAAUCUAAGAAAAUAGUUAAUAUAAACGAUUAUUUAAAAGAUAUUCCUUCUGAAAGAUUCAAAAAUGAAGUAAAUAUUCAAUAUGCCACUAGUGAACUACGAAACUUUGAAAAUUUAACUAAAUCAGAGAAAUUAAAGCAUGAGAUCUACAAGCUUUUACAAAUUAAUAAUUAUAAAGCUAUCAUGGAUUUGUUAUUAAAAUGGUCAGAAAUGUCUCUUGAUGACUUAUUUGGAACUUUAACUCGUAAAGAAUUCUCAUAUAUAUUGAAAAAAAUAAUAACUCAUCAAUAUAAAAUAUUGUUUAGAGAUGUUUCGGAUGCUCCUAUACGACAAUCAAAAGGAAUACAAUCAAAAACUAAAAAGAAAAGAGAAAUAGAGGCAGCUUCAUUAUUAGAUUCAAUAAGAAACCUUUAUGGUAAUAUCAUCUAUAAAACGAAGAAUUCCACAGAUUCCAUAUAUCAUAAAUCAAAGAGAAGAGAUUUAUACGCAUCUUCAUCACUUUCAGGUUAUCGAUUACAAGUUGAAGAUUAUGAAAAUUUAAUAAUUUUAGAAUAUCAUAAUUUGAAAUUUGAUUUAGUAAAUAAAUGGUUCGAAAGAUUUGAAACAGAAUUUCCAAAGAAUUAUCAAGAAUUAAUGACUUAUAAAAUGUGGAUUUAUAAAUUCUAUGUUCAAUCUUAUGGUUCUCCUCGUGGAUGGCCUUUAAAACCUACUGAUAUUUCAUCUCGUCAUUAUGAUCCAAAAUUUUCUAAUGUAAAACAUACAGAAUCUUAUAAGAAGAUCUUUAGUGAUUUUCUUAAAGCUACACAUCAAUCUCCAACAAAAUUUAUUUUGAAUAAUGAAUUAGCCGAAACUUUAAUAUAUUCAAUUGGUUAUAGUGGAAAUUUAGAUGAAAUGUUUCAAUUCAUAGUAACUUAUUAUGGUAUAGAUCCUGAUGGAAAAUUAGAUCCAUCAUUUCAGAUAUAUAAAAAAGAUGAUAUUCAAUUUCCAAACCUAUCAAUUGUUAAAGCAAUUAUGGUAUCAUUAUCAUACAAUAAAGAAUUCUUUAAAGGAAUGAAAUAUGUAAGUGCAUUUGAAGAUAUAUAUGGUAUUAAGUUGUCAGGAUUUGAAUCAAGACCAUUUUGGGAACAAGCAUUUAAAUGGUGUGAUUAUUCGACUGAAUUUGAAGAGAAGAGAUCACUUGCUUAUUUCUUAAAUCAAACAUCAAAGGAAUCUAACAAGAAUAAGAUUAACAAACGUGAAAAAUCAUUGACUGAAGUUCAACAAGACGUGAAUUUUGAUUAUGAAGGAUUCUUAGUAUUUUUAUCAAAUUUAAAGAAUGAAAGAAUUAAUACUUUUAAUGAAUUAUGGAAAUUAUAUCAACAAGUUGGUGGAGGAUACUUUUCAAAAAGACUUUAUAAAGUAUAUCUUGAUUAUUUAAAGCAAGAAUUGGUUGAAGAUAAAGAAAAGAUUGAAAGUCAAUAUUAUGAAUAUUUAAAGAUAUUAUUAAAGCAUUAUGAACAAUAUGAAUUAUCAUAUAAUACAUUUAAUAGUCGAGAUUAUUUAAAAUUUGGAACCCUGAAGAGAAUAGAUGAAUUUGUUUAUAUAUUAUAUGAAGAAGCAAUGAAAAGCUUGAUAGAUUAUAAAUGGAAAUCUACUUACGCUGGACAAUGUAUACCCUUGAUCAAUAAAUGGUCAAUUGAUGAAGAUAUGAAAGAGAAUUUAACUAAAUUUUGGGAACAGGAAAGAUUACCUCAAUACAGAAAAAUGAUUGAAAAGAAGAGACAAGAAUUUAUGAUUAGUUUAAGAUCAGAAGAGAAGGAUGAUGAAUCCCUUUUAGACUUAUUAUAGUUGUAAUAUAUAUAUAGCAUUAUAAAUAGGCAUAUUACUAGCAUAUAUAAAAUAGCAUUUAAUUUAAUUUAAUUUAAUUUAUACUAAUUCAA